AUGGUGUUUCUGAAGACCCCCAACAUCACUUCCGCCCCCAUCUCAGCGGAGGCUAAAGCCGCUUUUGGCUCACGCUCAUCACCGCUAUGGUGCCGCCAACUGCUCAUCGACUCCAGCCUGCAGCCGGUCGAAGUCAACUGGCGGACGCGCGACCGCAGCCAAACCAACGAGGACUCGUACCUCUCCGGCGUCAUGAACAGCCCGGACACCAUCGGCGCGUGGCACUCCCUGUACCGGCCGCUCUCGCUUGAGCAGACCGGCAGCAUUGACGGCAAGGGCCCGCUGGCGGGGGAGCUGCUGUGCCUGUUUGCGCUGGGCAGCGGCGUCAACGGCCACGUCGACGUGGCCCACGGCGGCGUCACGGCGAGCAUCCUGGACGUGUCGAUGGGUUCCAUCUGCAGCAUAUUCAGCACAGAGGGCGACAGCACGUACACAAUGGAGCUUAAUAUUCGGUACAAAAAGGGGCUGAAGACGCCGGGCGUGUAUCUGUGCAGGACGUGGCUGCAGCAGAGGACGACGGGGCGAAAGGCGUGGCUGCAGGCCGUCAUCGAGGAUGGCAAUGGGGAGGUAUAUGCUGAGAGCGAUGCGUUCUGGCUCGACGUGCCGGCCAAAUCCAAAAUAUAG